CAGUUACGCCGAAGUUUCACCAUUUCAGGGAAAAUCGGAAUUUGUAUCUUAGCAGCUAAUCAUCAUCAUCAUAAUAAGCCCCACUAGGAAAAAUUACUGCAAGAGACCAAAAACAAGAAAAACCCCAUUUGCGAUUACGAGUUAUCACAUCGCACACAGAGCAUACGGGGAAGAAAGCAAAGGAUCACUGUGGAAAUCACUCUGAUCCUUCAAUCAAUGGGCUAAAUCCUCGACGUGUUUAUCGUUUCUGAAAAGGGUUUUCCUUUUGGUGGUGAAACAUAUUUUUUUCUUUCACAUUUCUGGGUUCAAUCUGGCAAAUUUAGGGGGGAUAAAUUUGAGGCCUCGCUUGUCAUUGAAGCAAGCUUUACCGGAGGACCCAGAAGAAGAAGAGUGCAGGCCCUGGCGCAAAAAGAUCUUGUUUUUCUCCCCACAUUCCAUUAUAAUGGCUUUCAAAUUGAGUUGGGUUUCUCUGCUGAAGAUUUCUUUGCUUUUAGCGCUGAUCGCCGCUUUUACAAUUGCUUGCUUCACUCUCCCUAUUGAGAAGAUACUGAAGGAUUUCUUAGUAUGGAUACAGGAAGAUCUUGGUCCAUGGGGCCCUCUAGUGCUAGCUGUUGCAUACAUUCCCUUAACGGUGUUGGCAGUUCCGGCUUCAGUACUGACGCUGGGUGGCGGCUAUCUCUUUGGCUUGCCUGUGGGUUUUGUUGCUGAUUCAGUUGGUGCUACAAUUGGUGCUGGAGCUGCAUUUCUUCUUGGGCGGACUAUAGGGAGGUCAUAUGUCAUUUCCAAGUUAAAAGACUAUCCCAAGUUCCGUGCAGUUGCAAUUGCAAUUCGGAGAUCAGGAUUUAAGAUUGUGCUGUUGCUCCGGCUUGUUCCUUUGCUUCCCUUUAACAUGUUGAACUACCUGUUAUCUGUUACUCCAGUACCUAUAGCUCAAUACAUGCUUGCUUCAUGGUUGGGCAUGAUGCCAAUUACUUUUGCAUUGGUCUAUGUGGGGACAACUUUGAAGGAUCUUUCGGAUGUAACACAUGGAUGGCAUGAUUUUUCCAAAACCCGCUGGGCAUUCAUUCUGAUAGGUCUUGUUGUGUCCGUACUGUUAAUGAUUUGUGUUACUAGAGUUGCAAAGGCUGCUUUGGAGAAAGCUUUGGCUGAAAACGAGGAUGUAGAUGCUGAUUUCCUGUCACCGCAUUUACCCAUUAAGGCCAACCCUGCUGUAAAUCUCCAUGAUCCACUUAUAAUCAAGAUUGAUACCGAUGAAGACACUCGCUAAAUGCAAUUCAUUUAUGUGUAAAUUCUCUCGCUGCUCGUAUGUAGCUUAUUCUAAGCUAUGCUUGACAUUCAUCUGUACAGCUGAAUUUUUUCUCAACGGGUAGUCUAGCUACGUUGGACACUGUUUCAUUCCAUGUAUACUUUUAAGACAGGCAUAAGCUAAAUAAAGCAAACAAAUCUUACUUGGAUA